GAAACGACAGAUGUGCAAGGGAGAUAUAUUGCAAACGUAAAAAUCGGAACUCUACUGAAGGAUAGACCCGGAAAAAUAUAUUUACUAAAUACUGAAGUUUUAGAAAAAACCAAUUUUUCUACAAUAACCAAACUUUUUGACAGCUCAAUGUUUCUCCUGUGGCCCGACGGUGUUCGUCACGAUGACGUCCUCCUAUUUUUAAGCGAUGCUGCGCCAUACAUGAAGAAAGCAGGUACAACUAUCAAGGCUUUGUACUCCAAGAUGAUCCAUAUUACUUGUAUAGCACACGGAUUAUAUAGAGUGGCAGAAAAUAUUCGGAGUCAUUUUCCUAGAGUUGAUAAAUUAGUGGCAAAAGGAAAGCAAGUAUUUUUAAAAGCAUCUUCACGUGUUUUAUUUUUUAAGACAGAAGCUCCCGGAGUCCCUCUUCCUCCCGAACCUGUACUUACACGUUGGGGUUCUUGGAUUGAAGCUAUUUCUUAUUACUGUCAAUAUUUUAAGCAAGUACGAGAUGUUAUGCAACAUUUUGAUUCUAACGAUGCUGUAUCUAUAAAAGAAUCUCAAGCCCUUCUAAAUGAAAUUUCAAUGGAACCAAAUUUGACUUUUAUAGAUUCAAAUUAUGGGUUUUUACCAUCAACCAUAACUAAAUUAGAAUCACAAGGUGUAUCACUAACUGAUUCAGUAACAACAGUAAUGUUCACAAAAAAUAAAUUGGACGAAGUAGCAGGUGACGUUGGAAUGAAAGUAAAUACAAAAUUUAACCAAGUUUUAGAAAAAAACUCUGGGUUUGCAAUAAUAUUAAAAAUUUUAAAAAUUUUGAAUGGAGAAAAAAGUUCAUCGAUGGAUGGUUUACCAGAAGACCUAACGGGAAAUGAUUUAACAUUUUAUAAAUAUGCACCAGUAACAUCAACAGACGUCGAAAGAAGUUUUUCUCGGUAUAAAACCAUACUGGCCGACAAUCGGCGAUCAUUCGACGUAGAAAAUAUUUAAAACAAAAUUAAUUGUGCAAUACAAUGAUUUUUAUAUUUCUUUUAUAUCUAAUUUUUUUAUUUUACUAUAAUAUAAUUCAAUUUUUUUUUGUGCAUAUUUUGUUGCAUAUUUAAUGAAUUUGAAUGCAUAUUUUCAAUUUUUUAUGUGCAUAUUUUUCCAAUUUUACCUCUUAUAACUUCUCUGCCCUAAUUAUAAUCAUAAUUAAAAUUGUCUACAGUAGGUUAAGUUAUUAGUCUGGUAUAGAAAAUAUAAUUCGCAAAUUUACUCAUAGUUUUCUAUACUUAUGUUUUCAAACUUAAAUUUCCGUUUGAUUAAGAAACGAAAAGCGGUACACGAAUGAUUUCCCCAAAAUCGAUUUCAAAUUAUUUGAAUAAUAUAAAUAAAUUCUAAGCCGAUUUACAAAUAAAAAUGUCUUAUAUAAAUAUGAUGUCAUUGCGUUCUUUGUAUGAAAAAAAAACUCAAAACUCUGGAUAUGUCCCUGUAUCUUUCCUACCGUGAA